AUGGCCGACGUGUCCAGCCUGGACGUCAGGCUCUACGUCAAGCGCCGGCCGCUGCUGCGCCUUGAUGUGGGUCCCUUCGCCGUCGCCUACGGCGCGCUCCACGGCGCGGCCUGGGCGGCGCCGUCGCCGCCCGUCGCGGCCCUCGUGGCCAUCCCCGUCGUGCUGACCCUGCACCUCUUCGUGUUCCUGAGCACGCGCUGGAGCGUCGCCUGCAGGUGCCUCGUCGCCUACCGGCGCGUGGACGGCGCCGGCGCGGCAACACACGCCUUAGCGACGCCCGCGGACGCGAAGUUCCGCGAGCUCGUGGCGCUCGCGCGCGACGCGGCGCGCGGCGGCGCGCACUUCUCCUUCCAGCGGCGCGUCUUCGUCGCCGACGGCGGGGCCUGGGCGCCCCUCGCGCCCAUUACCGACGGCCCGCUCGCGGGCUACUGCGGCGCGCGGGGGCUCGAGACCGAGGCGGCGGCCGAGGCCGCGCGGCGGCGCUGGGGGCCGAACGCGUUCGACAUCCCGGACCCGACGUUCGGCGAGCUCUUCGAGGAGCACUACCUCGCGCCCUUCUUCGUCUUCCAGGUCUUCUGCUGCGCGCUGUGGUCGCUCGACGAGUACUGGCUCUACAGCUGCGUGACGCUGUGCAUGCUGCUGCUCUUCGAGGCGACGCUGUGCUUCCAGCGGUUGCGGUCCCUGGAGCAUCUGCGGGCCAUGCGCCGGCCGCCGCGCCUCGUCUACGCGCUGCGGCUCGGCGCGUGGCGGCCGUGCCUCUCGGACGAUCUCGUGCCGGGCGACGUCUGCUCGCUGGCCGCGCCGAGCCGGAGCCGCCAGGCGCGCGGCGGCGUCGGCACGGGCGGCGCGACGAUCCCCUGCGACUGCCUGCUCCUCGACGGCGCGGCGGUGGUCAACGAGGCCAUGCUCACGGGCGAGAGCGUGCCGCAGCGGAAAGAAGGCGCGGCGCUCGCGGACCGCGACGCGACGGGCGCGCUCGCGGGCGCGCUCCUCGUGGACACGGCCCACCGGCGCCACGUGCUCUUCGGCGGCACGGACCUCAUCGACGCGACGCCGGGCGCGCCGGCGCCGCAACCCGUCCCGGCGCGCGCGGCGCCGCCGGACCGGGGCAUCGUCGUUGUGGUAUUGCGCACGGGCUUCGAGACGGCCCAGGGCCAGCUCAUGCGCACGAUCCUCUUCGCGACGGAGCGCGUGCUCGGGUCGUCGGAGACGGGCCGGUUCAUCGGCACGCUCCUGGUCUUCGCGGUCUGCGCGUCGGCCUACGUCCUGCGCGAGGGCCUCCGGGACCCGGACCGGAACCGCUUCAAGCUCUGCCUCCACUGCGUGCUCAUCGUCACGUCCGUCGUGCCCCCGGAGCUGCCCAUGGAGCUGAGCCUCGCCGUCACGAACUCGCUCGCGGCGCUCGCCAAGUCGGCGGUCUACUGCACGGAGCCCUUCCGCAUCGCCUUCGCGGGGGCGCUGGACGUGUGCUGCUUCGACAAGACGGGCACGCUCACGUCCGACGAGCUCGCGGUCCGCGGCGUCGCGCUCGAGCCGCUCGACGCCUUGGCGCUCGCGAAGGCGCGCGACGUCGACGCGGACUGCGCCGUCGUCUUGGCCGCGUGCCACGCGCUCGCCGCCGUCGACGGCCGCCUCGUCGGCGACUCGCUCGAGCGCGCGCAGCUCGCCGCGGUGGGCUGGGCCGUCGCGUCGUCGGACGUCGUCGCGCCCGCGGCGCCGCGGGAGAAGAAGUCGGGCGACCGGGGCCCGCCGCCGCCGGGCCCGAAGACGCCGCUCCGCGUGCUCCACCGCUACGGCUUCGCGAGCGAGCUCCGGCGCAUGUCCUGCGUCGUCGCGCCCGCGAGCCCGCGCAACGACGACGGCGCGACCGUCGUCUGUAAAGGCGCGCCCGAGGCGCUCCGGCCCCUGCUCGCCGUCGUCCCCGCGGGCUUCGACGCGGCCUACGAGGCCCACGCGGCGGCGGGCCACCGCGUGCUCGCGCUCGCGAGCCGCCCCGCGGACGACGGCGACGCGGCGAAGCACGCGCGCAUGUCGCCGGCGACGUGGCGCCGCGUGCCCCGCGCGACCGCGGAGCGGGGCCUCGCCUUCCGGGGCUUCCUCUGCCUCCAGUCGCCCCUGAAGCCGGGCACGGCCCAGGUCAUCGACCACCUCAAGGCGUCGUCGCACGCGUGCGUCGUCAUCACGGGCGACAACGUGCUGACCGCCGCGCACGUCGCGCGGGCCGUCCAUAUCGCCGACGCGGCGAAGGAGGCGCUCGUGCUCGAGACGACCGACGCCGGCGGCGUCGUCUGGCGGCGCCUGGGCGGCGGCGGCGACACGCGGGCCUUCGACGCGGCCGCCGUGCCCGCGCUCGCGGCGGACUACGACCUCUUCUGCCGCGGCGACGCCGUCGACGCCGCGGAGGCCGCCGGCUGCCUCGGCCCCGUCGCGCUGCACUGCGCCGUCUUCGCGCGGGCGUCGCCGAAGCAGAAGGAGCGCGUCAUCGACGCGCUCAACGCCGCGGGGAAGACGACGCUCAUGUGCGGCGACGGCACGAACGACGUCGGCGCGCUGAAGCGCGCGCACGUCGGCGUGUCCAUCAUGAACAGCCCCGUGCUCGAGAAGUCGCUGGCGAAGCAGGAGACGAAGCGGCUGAAGCGCGGCGACGCCGGCGUCGCGGGCAUGCGCCGGGCGCUCGCGGACGCGGAGCUCGACGCGAUGGACGACGACCCGACGCUCGUGAACCUCGGCGACGCGUCCAUCGCGUCGCCCUUCACGUCGAAGCGCGCGACCAUCGAGUGCGUGCUCGCCAUCGUCUGCCAGGGCCGCUGCACGCUCGUGUCGAUGAUCCAGAUCUUCAAGAUCUUGGCGCUCAUGUGCCUCGUGUCCGCGUACAUGCUCUCGUCGCUCUACCUCCACGGCGUCAAGCAGGGCGACUCGCAGAUGACCUGCGUCGGCCUGCUGACGGCGGGCCUCUUCUUCCUCUGCUCGCGCGCGAAGCCGCUGGAGACGCUGAGCGCCGCGCGGCCGCCGCUCCGCGUCUUCUCGCCCCGGCCCGCGGCGUCCAUCGCCGCGCAGUUCGCCGUGCACCUAUUCGCGCUCGUCAAGGCCGUCGAGCUCUGCGCGCCCCACGAGCCGCGGGAGCGCCACGCGCCCGACGGCGCCUUCAGCCCGUCGACGAUCAACAGCGCCGUCUUCCUGCUCACGGCCGUCGUCCAGCUCAACACGUUCGCGGCCAACUACACGGGCGAGCCCUUCAUGGAGUCGCUCCGCGACCACGUCGCGCUGAGCCGCCUCCUCGCCGCCGUCUACGUGCUCCUCUUUGCGGCCGCGGCCGGCGCCGCGCCCUUUCUGGGCUCCUGGCUCCAGCUCGCGGACUGGCCCGACGCGCGGUUCCGCGACGACUUCCUCAAGCUCCUCGCGGCCGACACGCUCGCCGUCGGCGCGCUGGCCUUCGCGCUCUAA